CAAAUUAUUUUUGCUUUGCUGAAUAUAAAAAAUAAAUGAAAAGAAACAAUAUUUCUUCAUUCAUAUGGAUAAACUAAAAUUUAUUUCGUAAGCUUGAUCAGUUUAAAAAUCCAGCGAAGAAAAAUCAGUAAAGAAAAUAACUAAGUACGGACAACGGACAGAGAGAACCAAUUCAGAGAUAUAAUGACGGACAGCAGCAUGUCAACAACAAGCUCGAACGACUUAAACUCGCAUCAUGGUAUUCACCAAGCGAAACGGCUACGAACGAUAAAGCUGAAUCGCCCACAUACGGGUAAAAACCAUGCAAAUCUCACAAUUGGCCAUCCAUUAAUGUCAUCAUUUGGAUUUACGUUGCGCGGUGGACGAGAGUUUGGAACAGGAUUUUUUAUAUCAAAUGUUAUGAAGGGCAGUGAAGCGGAUAUAAAAGGACUAAAAUCUGGCGAUCAAAUAAUUCGCGUAGGCAACAGUACAGGAAUGUAUCGUGUUGACGAUGCUGUGCAUAAAGAAUUAUCGCAAUUUAUUGCAAGUCAAAACCGUUUAAUUCUUAAAGUUAGAGGUGUUGGAAUUCUUCCCGUCAAAGACAAAGCCUCUGAUCCAUUAACUUGGCAUGUUGUUCCUUCUCAAAACUCAUUACCUUUUACACAAGAUGAAUCACAGACAUCAAGAGACGUGCGAAUUAUACUUAAUGUUGCACCACAUACAAAGCUUGGCUGCGGAAUUUGUAAAGGACCAGAUUGGAAACCGGGAAUUUUCGUGCAAUUUACAAAAGAAAAUGGAAUUGCAAAAGAGUCAGGCCUUCAGCCAGGCGAUCAGAUAGUUAGUUGUAAUGGAAUAGACUUUAGAGAUAUAUUAUUUAGUGAAGCUGUCGCAGUCAUGAAAUCAUCGUCAGUUCUGGAAUUAUUUAUUCAACCUGGUGCCGGUUUAGAUCUUUUUCCGAGUGAAUCUAGUGGCUAUAAUUCAAGUGCAAGUAGCGUAACAGGAGAUCAAAGUCCGUGUUGGAAUGAAGCAGCUAAGAGACUGAGUAUUGUACGAGAGGAAUCGACAAAUUCAAAUGAUCGAAUGACUGGAACAUUUAAAUUAAGAUCUAAAAUUAAAGAUAAGCCAUUACAUGUGGAAGUACCGAAAGUUCCUGCCAGUUAUAUGAAAAAUCAAAACUCAAAUCUCAAUAGUAAUAAUAAUAGUAAUAACACUGCUAAUACGACCAUCAUAAAAUUGACAGAAAAUGGGCCUACACUUAUUAACAAUACAAUGAUACCAGGUCUCACAAAAGGCUACAAUGAAACAAGUAUUGGGAGUAAUAACAGCAAUAAUGAAAACGAAACGACACCAAAACUUGAUCCGUCAAGAAAAAUAGCAGACAUAUGUUUCGUAUCAAGGCAGAAUGAGACGAAAAUUGUUACAGUCGAAGUGCAUCAAAGUACGCAAAAUGGAGGUCAAUUGCAAGCAGUUAAUGGAAAGAUUAAUAGUGCUGCGGCUUUAGUUAAUGAAAUUAGCCGAGAAGAACAUGAUUCUAAUUCAUCCUCGACGAGCAGUUCGUCCCUUAGUAGUGCCAUUAGUGAUGAGCUUAAGCGACGUGCUGAGAAAAAGUUAAGAGAACAGCAACAGAAUCAUGUCGUCGACAGCAAUCAAAAUAACAACAACAACAUUAAUAAUAAUGCCAGCAUCAACAGUAAUACUCAACCGCCAUCAUCAACAGCCACAACUCAUCAAGAGCAACUACCUCAAAAGUCUGCACCGUCAAAUAACAUUCAUGAAAUUCUCAUGGAUGAAUUUAAGAAAGCACACAAGAAAAUGUUCAAAAAUGGAUUUGUUGAGAAUGAGUAUCAGCAGCGAAUGACCGAUGAUGACAGAAGGGUUACACAAACGACGGCAGCAUUAAUGAGCAAGCUUGGCAAUGUUGAAGAACGUCAAUUGGAGCUGAAGAAGAACGGAACCCCAAGAAUCAUCACAAAUGGCACAGAGAAGAAGAAACCAGCUCCAUUGCCACCUCCUAAGAAAUUCGAUAAGCAAAUCUCAGCACCGAUUGUAAAAUUCAAUGAGGCAAAAGAGCCGUGGACACCGCGACCCGACUAUGAUUCGCCUGAGCGCACAUUCAAUAGACUACAGACUGAACAGCAGUAUCAACAACAUUCACAAAAAGGUACAAUGAGUAGAAUAACAUUACAAGAAUUAGCAAAGUCGAAAGGUGACGUAGCUGAAAUGGAAUCGAUUGAGUCAUUCAAAUUAAAUUCACCGGCAUCAAAAAUUCCUGCACCACCUCCCAUGUACUUUCAGGCGCAGACAUUUGAGCCGACGACAUUGAAGAAAGUGCAACAGAAACCAGUUUCUGUUAUUGUUAGCUCGUAUAAUUGCAAUAAGAAGGAACCAGGAAAACUUGAUUUUGUUGAUAAUACAAAUAUUUUUGAUGAGAAUGCAAAUGUUGAUAUGUCAACGAGACUAAAAUAUGAACUUGAAAAGACUUUAUCGCGAUCUAAUUUACGUAGAUCCUUAGAUAAUAUUUUAAAGCCAGAUUCAGAGCCAUCAUAUGAAACGAUUAAUGAUCGUCACAUUGCUCAAAUGCCGAAGAAGCAUGAACCAUCGACUCUGAAUGGAAUCCUGAAGAAUGGAACAAACAAAAUGAACAGCAACACCAUACCUAAAAACAUAUCAUUCGAUGAUAAUUUAAAAUGAAAAUGAAAUUAUUGCAGAAAUUAUUUUUCUUUUGAUCUUUUUUUUAUUAUUAUUUCAUCUACAAUUAAUUAAUUAAUCUUAAUUGAUAUACUUUCUUAUUAAUUAUACAAAAAAUAAUAAUUUGCAUUAAAAUCUUUAAUUUAUAAUUCAUUCCAUUGUAUAUUAAUAUCUAUGCAUAGUAAGUCACAAUUAUUACUAUGUAAUUAGUGAAGUUUAAAAUAAUUUCAUAUUUUUUUGAAGCUUAAUGUAACUUAAUCAAUAA